CGGGCUGCCGCGCGCCGGGCCACGGUUGGCGGGGGGGGCGGUGGCCUCGCCGCGUGGCCCCGCCCACUCCGGUCAGCGGCAGGCGGGAGGGCGGAUGCCGGGCUGCGGCUGCCGCGGCUCCUCAGAUGCUUUCCAGAAAGGGGAAACACCUUGCUGAUGCCACCAGCUUCAAACCAGUCCUCUCCAUCUGCUUUCUGUCUGCCUGGGAUUCCUGGAAGCUUCUGGUUUGAAGACAGCUGUCCAUGUUCACACCGGGCGAGAGGAAGCCACGGCCACAGCAAUGAGCGAGUCAUACGUGAAGAGGCUGUUCACCAUUCUGCUGGACGCUGUCACCGACAAGGACCCUCAGGUGCAGGAGCAGGUGUGUGGCGCCCUGUGCGCCCUCGGAGAGUCACAGCCUGAGGAGGCUCUCCGCGCCUGCGAGGAGCACCUGCGGCUGCAUGACAAGCUGGCGCAUCCGUACCGGACGAUGAUCCUGAGGGUCAUGGAGACGGUCGUGAGCAGUCACCUCGGCGAGCUGGACAAGGGCUUGGCCAGGGCCAGCAUCCUCCUGGCCUCCAGCGAGAUGACCAAAGUGAAGGAACUGGUUUGUGACUGGCAGCAGGCCGCCAGCAACGUCCUGGUGGCUUUGGGAAAGCGUUUCAUCAGCAGCGUGAUGGAGGAGAUACUGAGCAAGUUCCAGCCCGGGGUCCUGCCGCACCAUUUUGUCGUGCAGACGCUCGCCAACCUCUCAGUUUCCAAUGUGUUCGGCGUGGUGCCCUUCCUGACGUCCAUCCUGAGCACCAUGCUGCCCAUGCUGAGUGCAGCCAAGCCCGACUCGAUGAGGGUGGUGUUCUGCUGUGCUCUGCAGCGCUUUAGCGAGAGCACCCUGGAGUACCUGGCCGACCUGGACCAGGCCCCCGACCCCACGGUCAGGAAGGAUGCCUUCGCCACUGACAUCUUCAGCGCCUACGACAUCCUCUUCCACCACUGGCUGCAGAGCCGGGAAGCCAAGCUGCGGCUCGCUGUGGUGGAGGCCCUGGGGCCCAUGAGCCACCUGCUGCCCAGCGAGAAGCUGGAGGAGCAGCUCCCCAGGCUGCUGCCUGGGGUCCUCGGCCUCUACAAGAAGCACGCCGAGACUGUCCACGUGUCCAGGAGCCUGGGCCAGAUCCUCGAGGCGGCCGCAAGCGUGGGCAGUCGCACGCUGGACGUCCAGCUUGACUCACUCCUGGCUGCCCUGCAUGCUCAGAUCUGCGUGCCCGUGGAGUCCUCGAGCCCCCUGGUGAUGAGCAACCAGAAGGAGGUGCUGCGCUGCUUCACGGUGCUGGCCUGCUGCUCGCCUGACCGCCUGCUGGCCUUCCUGCUGCCCAAGCUGGACACCAGCAACGAGAGGACCCGUGUGGGCACCCUCCAGGUCGUGAGGCACAUCAUCAACUCGGCCGCUGCGCAGAUGGAAGUCAAGCAACCCUUCAUUCUCUCCUCCAUGAAGCUUCCUCUUCUGGACACCAACAGCAAGGUGAAGCGGGCCGUGGUGCAGGUGAUCAGUGCCAUGGCCCAUCACGGCUACCUGGAGCAGCCUGGAGGCGAGGCCAUGAUCGAGUACAUCGUGCAGCAGUGCGCGCUGCCCCCCGAGGCGGAGCCUCAGAAGCUGGGCACCAACAGCGAGGCCCUGGCGGCAGACAGCGUGCGGGCCAUCAGUGUCAGCACCCUCUACCUGGUCAGCACCACUGUGGACAGGAUGGGCGAUGUCCUCUGGCCAUACCUGUUCGAGUUCCUCGUUCCCGUGCGCUUCACCGGGGCGCUGACCCCGCUCUGCAGGAGCCUCGUGCACCUGGCCCAGAAGAGGCAGGAGGCAGGGGCCCACGCCCUCCUCAUUCAGUACAACGGCAACGUGACCCUUCCAUCUCCCUACGCCAUGGCCACCAGGCUCCUGGCCGUGUCUUCCAGACCCUACCUGGGGGACGGUCGCGGGGCGGCCUCGCUGCGCCUCCUGAGCGUCCUUCACCGGGACAUCCAUCCUAUGCUGGGUCAGCGGUGGGCGACCGCCAUCCCCCUGCUGCUGGAGCACCUGGACGGAUAUACGGAGGAAACCCUGUCGCGGAAGGAAUGGGAGGAGAAGCUGCUGAUGUUCCUUCGCGACACUCUAGCUGUUGUGUCUGACAACACGUGGAUUUGCCAGCUGAGCCUGGAGAUGUGCAAGCAGCUACCCAGCUACAACGGGACGCCCCUGGAGAAGAACUUCCUGUAUAAAUGCAUAGGAACUACCCUGGGUGCUGCUUCAAGUAAGGAGGUGGUGAGAAAGCAUCUGCAGGAGCUGCUGGAAACCGCCAGAUACCAGGAGGAGAGCGAGCGUGAGGGCCUUGCCUGUUGCUUUGGGAUCUGUGCCAGCUCCCACCUGGAUGACACCCUGGCCCAGCUGGAGGACUUCGUAAAGUCAGAUGUGUUCAGAAAAUCCGCCGGCAUUUUCAGCAUUUUUAAGGAUCGGAGUGAGAACGAGGUGGAGAAAGUGAAGAGCGCGCUGAUCCUGUGUUACGGGCACGUGGCAGCGCGGGCCCCCCGCGAGCUGCUGCUGGCCAGGGUGGAGUCGGACAUCUUCCGGAACAUGUCCCAGUGCUUCAGCACCAAGGUUCUGGGGAUAAAGGUAGAGACCAAGGACCUGGGCCUGAGGCUGUGCCUCGCGCAGAGCGUUUGCAUGGCCAGCCAGGCCGUCCGCAGCAGCUCCCACGGCAGCUCCUUCCAGCUCCUGAGGAAGCCGGAGCUGGUGGCGCAGAUGAUGGAGUUCAUCAAGGCCGAGCCCUCGGACUCCCUGAGGACGCCCAUGCGGAAGAAGGCCAUGCUCGCCUGCACUUACCUGGCCUCCCUGGAGCCGGCGCUGGAGGGGCAGGCGCAGGCGGACCUCAUCCACAGCUGCCUGCACAGCAUUAUGGCCGUGCUGCCUGAGCCCGAGGGGGUGGACAGCCACCAGGAGCCCCUGUACCUGGACACCAUGCAGGCCCUCAAGGACUUACUGACAAGCCUCCUUCAGCGAAACAUGACCCCCCAGGGCCUGCAGGUCAUGGUGGAGCACCUGAGCCCAUGGAUCAAGUCCCCGAGGGGCCACGAGCGGGUGCGGGCACUUGGCCUAAGCGCCUGCCUGCUUCAGCACUUCCUGAAGCACCUGCACAUCAGCGCCCUGGUGCCCUUCCACAACCUGGGCCUCCUCCUCGGCCUCUUCUCCCCACGGUGCGCGGACCUAUGGCCUGCCACCCGCCAGGAGGCUGUGAGCUGUGUCUACUCCCUGCUCUACCUCCAGCUGGGCUACGAGGGCUUCUCCCGCGAUUAUCAGGACGAUGUGGUUGAGCAGCUCCUCACCCUCAAGGACGGCCUGGGGCACCCUGACCCCGCCAUCCUCUUCCACACCUGCCACAGCGUAGCCCAGAUUAUUGGCAAGCGCCUCCCGCCAGAUCAGCUCAUCAGCCUCUUGCUAACGCUGUUUGAGGGCCUGGGAGACCCCGACCAGAACUGUUCCCGAGCCGCUGCAGUGAUCGUCAACUGCCUGCUGAAGGAGCGGGGCCACGUGCUCCUGGAGAAGGUGCCCGAGAUUGUGAGCGUGCUGUGCUCCAAGCUGCAGGAGACCCACGGGGAGCACGUCCUGCAGGCCGCACAGCACAGCGUGUACGUCCUGGCGGCCCGGCACCAUGCUGCCGUGGUGUCCAGCCUUCUGGGCAGCCCCCUGCCCUUUGACAGCCACACCUGCACCCUGUGGAGGGCGCUGGCCGUGGAGCCCGGCCUCGCCACACAGGUCCUGGGGCUGCUCCUGGAGAAGAUGAGCGGGGACGUGCCGUUCAAGGAGAGCCGGGCCUUCCUGCUGAGCGGCGCACCCGACCGCGUGGCCACCCUGCCGCCCCUUGCGGCCACCUGUGCACUGUACGAGGUUGCGUCUGCCCCGGCGUCUGGGCCGGCGGUGCUGGAGCUCUACCCCCAGCUGUUUGCGGCGCUGCUGCUGCGGGUCAGCUGCACCGUGGGUGUCCAGCUGCCCAGGAACCUGCAGGCCAAGGAGAGGAAGAGCGCCAGCUCAGGCCUGGCCUCGCGGAGCCUCGAACCCUGCAGCUCCGCAGUGGAUGCGCUGCAGGCCGUGCUUCUCCGAGGCGGCAACGAUGACGUGGUGCAGCGCAUGGAACUGGAGGGGGGCUGGCAGCUGCUCAGGACCUCGGCUGGGCACGAGGAGGGCGUCACCCGGCUGGCCAGCGCCAUGGCCAAGUUCGCGGGCCCCCGGCUGCCCCUGAUGAUGAAGGCGCUCUUCGCCACACAGAGCAGCGUGUACGAGAUGCAGAGGGUCAGCUCCACAGCCUUCCUGGCCGAGCUGCUUAGCAGCAACACGGUGAACGACCUGAUGCUCCUGGAGUCCCUGCUGGACAACCUGCUGGCGCGGCAGAAGGACACGUGCGCCCGUGUGCGGAGACUGGUGCUCCGGGGCCUGGCCAACGUCGCCUCGGGCUCCCCGGAUAAGGUACGGGCCCAUGGCCCCCAACUCCUGACGGCCAUGAUCGGUGGGCUGGACGACGGGGAUGACCCGCACAGCCUGGUGGCCUUGGAGGCCAUGGUGGGCCUCGCGAGGCUGCUGGACCUGGUGGAGGCCUGGGACCUGCGCUCGGUGCUGCUGCACGUUGCCAUCCGCAUCCGGCCCUUCUUCGACAGUGAAAAGGUGGAGUUCCGUUCUGCGUCCAUCCGCCUCUUCGGGCACCUCAACAAAGCCUGCCAGGGGGACUGCGAGGACGUCUUCCUGGAGCAGCUUGUUGGCGGGCUCGCGCCCCUGCUGCUGCACCUGCAGGACCCCCAGCCCCCAGUGGCUGCUGCCUGCAGGUUCGCCUUGCGCAUGUGCGGCCCCAACCUGGAGUGUGAGGAGCUGGCAGCCAUCUUCCAGAAGCACCUGCAGGAGGGCCGGGGCCUGCACUUCGGAGAGUUCCUCAACACCACCUGCAAGCACCUGAUGCACCACUUCCCCGACCUGCUGGGCCGCCUGCUGAGCACCAGCCUGUUCUACUUCAAGAGCAGCUGGGAGGACAUCCGCGCCGCGGCCCCCAUGCUCACAGGGUUCCUGGCACUGCACGUGGAGGCUGAGCGCCGGCCGCAGGUGGACCUGGAACAGCUCCUGGCGGCGCUCCAGCUCCUGCUCAAGGACCCGGCCCCCGCGGUGCGCGUGAAAGCUGCGGAGACUCUGGGCCGCCUGGUGAAGUUCGCCUGAGGCUCCCGUGGCAGCGCUGCCCCUACACGCAAUACCGGCCUUGCCGGCCUGAACCGAACCUCUGAGAUGGGGCCCUAAGGAGCCCCCUGCCCGAGGGGAGCCCCCAGGCCCACACAGCAAGGGAGGGCCGGGGCCACGAGGGUGGGCACGUCGCUGUCCCCCCCCUCCCCAAUAAAGCCAUUUGCUGCUCAGCAGGUGCCGCAGUGACGUGGCCUCUCCUUCUGGGCAGGUCAGCAGGCCCCCUCCCCCGUUAGGCAUCCUGACUCAGAGAAGGUCACGCCAGCAGGAGAAACGCCUCUAUUGAGUGUCCGAGCACACACACAGCCCGGCCCCGCCUGCCCCGCCCGGGAAGCAGGGCCGCCUAGGUGAAGAGGCGGAGGGUGCCGUCGGCCCCGGCGGAGAAGACCCACGGCUGGGUGGGGUGGAAGGCCACGUCCAGCACCCCCAGGUCUUUGGUCAGGCUGUGCCCCUUCAGCACCUUCACCGGCACCAGCAGCGGGUUCUGCAGCAGGUCGCUGUGGGGAAGGGAGAGGCUCAGGACGUGGGCGGCACAGUCCCCCCGGGGUGCGGGCGGGCGGGCAGGCACCGGCACUCACUUGUACACCAUCCCGUGGCAGACGAUGACACUGCCGUCGUCGGAGCCAGAUGCAAAGAGCGGGUACCGGGGGUGGAAGGC